AUGGCCGUCGCAAGCAGCUGGGGCCAUCACGAGCACUCCGUGCGGUUGGGCGGUCAAGGCCCUAAUUAUGACUAUGACCGAGGCAUGGGCAACACCUUCACCGCCGGCGGUGAUGUUUCCGCUGUCGCUGGAGCUGGCUACGAUUCCAGGGGUAAUCUUCGCAACGGAUUUGUUGCUUUGCUCUUAAGUGGUGAUAGUGGUGGCGGUCAUGGAGUCCGUGGUGACGUACGUGAUGUGCAGGGCUAUACCAGUGGCGACGUCGAGCAAAGCUGGCGCCAGCUCAGUAAGGAUGCUCGGAACCUCGACGAUGCCGAGCAUGAAAUGCUUGUCGACCAAGGUUACGGCGAGCGUGAUGACGAACAUGAUGAAGCCGAACAAGGUGACGAAGGACACGCUGACGAUCACUCAACGACAGAUGGUUUUUUUCACUAG